CCCUGGCUCUUGGCUCGGCGUCAGAAAGGCAGCAAUCGCGGCCGUCUACUCCAAUCCGGGGGGAAAAAAGCCCCGGAGGUGGUCGUCGAACAGUUGGAGAAGGCGACCGGAGAGGCAGCAGCGGGCCGGGCGGUUUUGAAUUAUGAGUGGCCUAGGUUUUCUGUCGUGCCACUAGGAGCUUUUGUCACUGUGGAAUGAAUUGACAACAGAGUCUGGAGAUUUGACAGUAGACUUAAGAAAACUCUGGAGCAGUGAUCCCUGCCUUCUUUUCAUUAGGCGAAAGUACUCCAAAGGAAAUAUCUCUUUACUACCACCUACAAUUUUUUCCCCAAUUUCUGCCACUUCGAAUGAAGACAGGACAGUAUUGGCACAUCUUUCUGAUUUAAAGAAUAUCACCUUCUGAGACAGAUGGUCUGUCAAAUGCUGUAGGAUGCCUGCAGAGAACAUCAUAAUGAAGAAGAAAAUGGAUAGUUGUGCCACUGCCUAAUUGUCAGGAUCACAGCCGAUAAAGCUGCGUUGCCCUUUCCCUGCUGCCAUAAUAGGGUCAUGAACAGCAGGGUGGACAUGGCUGGCCUUGUUAACAACUUGCUAAUAUUGUUCCUUAUUUUUCAAAACAGCUGUUGGGCUUUCAGAAGCCCUCUUUCUGUCUUUAAGAGGUAUAAGGAUGCUACUAGAUCUAAUUCCAAUGAAUGUCUUGGUAGCACCAGGCAGCUGGUACCACUAGGCUUAUCAGAAUUUGCACUGGACAUUCGUAUGCCUGGAGUGACUCCUAAAGAGUCUGAUACUUACCUUUGCAUGUCGCUGCGUUUGCCAGUUGAAGAGGAAGCUUAUGUAGUUGACUUUAAACCUCAGGCCAGUAUGGACAUUGUCCACCAUAUGUUGCUAUUUGGAUGUAACAGUCCUGCUUCAGAUAACGGUUACUGGAAUUGUGAUGGAGAAACAUGUACGGACACGAGUGAUAUCUUAUAUGCUUGGGCAAGAAAUGCACCACCAACAAGAUUGCCAAAAGGUGUUGGGUUUAAAGUUGGAGGAGAAACAGGGAGCAAAUAUUUUGUUCUCCAAGUCCAUUAUGGGGAUAUUGGUGCAUUCAAAGAUAAACACAAAGACUGUUCAGGAGUGACUUUACAGUUGACUAAUCAAAAGCAGCCUCUGAUUGCUGGCAUGUAUCUUAUGAUGUCCGUGGAUACUGUUAUACCACCUGGAGAAAAAGAGGUUAAUGCUGAUAUUGCUUGCCAUUAUAAAACAUAUCCAAUGCAUCCAUUUGCUUAUAGAGUGCACACCCAUCACUUAGGAAAAGUAGUAAGUGGGUAUCGAGUUAGAGAUGGUCAGUGGACACCGAUUGGCCACCAAAGUCCUCAACUGCCACAGGCAUUUUAUGCUGUGGAAAAUCCUGUAGAAAUCAAGUAUGGUGAUAUUCUGGCAGCAAGAUGCGUCUUUACUGGUGAAGGCAGAUCUUCAGAAACUUAUAUAGGAGGCACAGCCAGGGAUGAAAUGUGCAAUUUCUAUAUUAUGUAUUACAUGGAAGCCAAAUAUGCAGUUUCAUCCAUGAUAUGUACACAGAACAUUAAGCCAGAGAUAUUCAAAGGCAUACCUCAAGAAGCAAAUAUCGCUAUUCCAGUCAAGCCUGAUAUGACUAUGAUGGCCCAUGGACAUAAUGAAGAAAUCAAAAAUGAAGGCACGGGUAUGAUAAUACAACAGCCAAAAAGAGAAGAGGAGGAGGUUUUAGAUCAGGGUGAUUUCUAUUCCCUCAUUUCCAGACUGCUAGGAGAAAGGGAAGAUGUGGUUCACCUGCACAAAUAUAACCCUGCAGAAAAUGCUGAAUCAGAUUUUGUAGCCGAGAUUGCUAAUGUAGUCCAGAAGAAGGAUCUUGGCUGGCCUGAUGCCAGAGCAUUUCCAAAGAAUGACAAAAGGGCUAAUACCAUUCUUGUCAGAGACAGAAUCCAUAAAUUUCACAGAUUAGAAUCAACUCUGAGGCCACCGGAAAACAGGCAUGUUGUUUUGCAGCAAAAUAAACCCAGUGUAGGGAACUGGGAAAAAGAACAGACAGGAGGUUUAAAGAUAGAAGAAGUAGCUGACUGGCCAGGCAUAACCCUCAAACUAGGCCAAGUCUCUGGGUUGGCCCUGGAUCCUAAUAACAAUUUAGUCAUCUUUCACAGAGGUGACCAUGUGUGGGAUGCAAAUUCAUUCAACAGUAGCUAUGUUUAUCAACAAAAAGGACUUGGACCAAUUAAAGAAAAUACCAUUCUUGUAGUAGAAGCUAGUAGUUCAACAAUUCUUCGUUCCACAGGAAGAAAUAUGUUUUAUUUACCUCAUGGCUUGAGUAUAGAUAAUAAUGGUAACUACUGGGUGACAGAUGUAGCUCUUCACCAGGUGUUCAAACUGGCAUCAAAUGGUGCAGAAUCUCCUUUGCUGACUUUAGGGAGGGCUUUGCAACCUGGAAGCGACAACUAUCACUUCUGCCAACCCACUGAUGUGGCAGUGGAUCCAGCAACUGGGAAUAUUUAUGUGUCCGACGGCUACUGCAAUAGUCGUAUUGUUCAGUUCUCUCCAAAUGGAAUAUUUGUCAUGCAGUGGGGAGAAGAGACUUCUGUAGGUCAUGCUAAACCGGGCCAGUUCAGCAUCCCUCACAGUUUAACUCUUGCAUCUGACUUUGGUCAGCUAUGUGCAGCAGACAGAGAGAAUGGUCGGAUUCAGUGUUUUAAGCCAGAAACAGGCAAAUUUGUAAGAGAGAUCAGACAUCCAUCAUUUGGAAGAGAAGUUUUUGCAGUUGCUUACGCUCCAGGUGGCCUCCUGUAUGCAGUUAAUGGAAAGCCUUACCCUGGAGACAGGGAGCCAGUGCAAGCAUUUGUGAUGAACUUUUCAACUGGAGAAAUCAUUGACACUUUCAUUCCACUUAGAAAGAAUUUUGAGAUGCCACAUGACAUUGUUGCUUCCGAAGACAGACUGGUGUAUAUUGGCGAUGCUCAUGCCAACACGGUGUGGAAAUUCACAUCCACAGAAAAAAUGGAGCAUCGGUCUGUUAAAAAAGCUGGGAUUGAAAUACAGGAAAUAAAAGCAGAGGCAAUUAUAGAAGGCAUACUGACAAAGAAACCCACAUCAAAAGAAUUUUUAAGGAAAGAAGAAAGGCAUCAAGUUGUCCAGCAGGCUAGCAGUUCUGUUUCUUUUGUUCUUAUUACAACACUUCUAAUUAUUCCAGUAGUUGUCCUCUUGGCAAUUGCCAUGUUUAUUUGGUGGAGAAAGACAAGAAUCUAUGGAGCUGAUGCUGAUCAUAAACUUGAUUCAAGCUCAGGUAGAAUUCUGGGCCGGUUUAGAGGAAAAGGCAGCGGAGGCCUCAAUCUGGGGAAUUUCUUUGCAAGCCGGGCAGGUUACAGUCGAAAAGGGUUUGACAGACUUAGUACCGAAGGGAGUGACCAGGAAAAAGAAGAGGAUGCCACAGAUUCAGAAGAGGAAGAACCUGUCCCUCAGCCUCCAGCGAUACCUUCAUCUUCUUCCUGAAACUGGCCUUUAAUUGCUACAUGGUCUGAGUCUACAAAGAUUGCCAGAUUUAGCACGUUUUAAGAUUUUACGUAUUUAAUUGUAAACUGUACUAGUCCUUUGUGAGGCUGUACACAGAUUUAAUUUUGUUUUUGUUCUUCCGUUCCCUCCCCUUUUGCUUCAGUUCAGUUUUGGAGUGUGAACAUUUCCUAUCAGUGCCAUUGUUUUAUGUGAACCUUUUAAUAAAGCAGGGCAAUCCCAUUUUAAUUGCAGUAAUGCUUUAAAAUAGUAAUAUUUACUCAUUUCAAUUAGGGACCGUCUCUAUAUUUGUAAAUAAGUCCCAGUCUCAGCUUUAAGAAUACCUUUGGUUUUCAGUUUUUCUUUGGUGCCUUUUCACUUUUGAUGCCCUUAAUCUAUCACAGAAAAGAGAGAAUACAGUGCCACAAUGAAACAGAGCCACUAAAUCUCCUAUUUUUUAAAGAAAUAUCACAAGUAUUCUAUUACUUUAAGGGAAAGAUUUUAAAAAGUCUCUAUUUAUAAUUGGAUCCUUUUUUUUUUCCUCCUUCUUCUUGCUCAGACUUUGUGUGUUUCCAGGAUGUCUUAUUUUUAGAUGGCUAUACUGUUAGAACACUAUUUUCAGAAGCUGAAUGUAACUUGUGUAAUAAAGUGUUCGCAGAGCA